CCGUGCGCCGGGGCUGCCUGCGUGCCCUGCGGCCUAGCGGCCGGGCCGGGGCUCGAGCCUGUGAGGUGUCGGUGACGGUGACGGCCGGGCCGGGGCUCGGAGCCUGUGAGGUGUCGGUGACGGCCGGGCCGGAUUCGGCCCAGCCCUGCCCAGCCCAGCCGGCGCCAUGCAGGCCUUUCUCAAAGGCCCGUCUUCGAUCAGCACCAAACCGGUGGCUGCCAAGGAGAGGGGUGCAGCAGGGAGCAGCGGGGAGGGCAGGAGGCCCAGACCCAUCCCCUGGGUGGAGAAGUAUCGCCCCAAAAACGUGGAUGAAGUCGCCUUCCAGGAUGAAGUUGUUGCUGUACUGAAAAAGUCCUUGGAAGGUGCUGAUCUUCCCAAUCUGUUGUUCUAUGGCCCACCUGGAACUGGAAAGACUUCCACUAUUUUAGCAGCUGCUAGAGAACUGUUUGGGCCUGAAUUAUUCCGGCAAAGAGUCCUUGAGUUAAAUGCUUCUGAUGAACGAGGAAUACAAGUGAUUCGGGAAAAAGUGAAGGCUUUUGCUCAACUAACUGCAUCUGGAAGCUGUUCAGAUGGUAAAGUUUGUCCUCCUUUUAAAAUUGUAAUCCUGGAUGAAGCAGACUCAAUGACUUCAGCAGCCCAGUCAGCCUUACGACGGACAAUGGAAAAAGAAUCUAAAACAACACGCUUCUGCCUUAUUUGUAAUUACAUCAGCAGAAUAAUUGAACCUUUAACAUCUCGAUGCUCCAAAUUCCGCUUCAAGCCUUUGUCAGACAAAAUCCAACAGCAGAGGCUAUUGGACGUUUCUGAGAAGGAACAUGUGAAAAUCAGUAGUGAGGCAGUAUCAUACCUUGUUAAAGUGUCAGAAGGGGACUUAAGAAAAGCAAUUACUUUUCUUCAAAGUGCCACUCGCCUAAUGGGUGGGAAAGAGAUCACAGGGAAGAUAGUCACUGAAAUUGCUGGGGUCAUCCCUAAAGAAACCAUUGACGAACUGCUAUCUGUCUGCCGGAGUGGUUCAUUUGAGAAACUGGAAACCCUGGCAAAGAAUGUCAUAAAUGAAGGGUACGCUGUUGCUCAGCUUGUGAACCAGCUGCAUGAUACUGUUGUUGAGAGCGAAGAUUACAGUGACAAGCAGAAAUCUGUCAUAGUCGAGAAACUUGCAGAAGUGGACAAAUGCUUGGCAGAUGGUGCAGAUGAAUACCUGCAGCUGGUGAGCCUCUGUGCCCUGGUGAUGCAGCAGCUAACGCACACCACUUAACCCCCCACCACCCCGGCAGUGGGGCAGAGCAGCCUCUGGGGGUGGAGCAGGGACCGUGUACUUUUGUACUGUUUUGUUUUGGUUUGUUUUUUUCCAAUAAAAGGACUGCUCAGCAGUUGGAAAAGCUCA